AUGUCCCCUCAUGCUCCUUCAGAAGACGCCUCCCAAUCGCAAUCCCAAUCGCAAUUACGGCCCAAUCUGGCGGCCCAUCACCGAUCCACGUCCUCGGUCACCAGCCACCAAAGCGAUAGUCCGGCGGGUACACCUCCAGCUUCAGGUACAACUGCUACACAGCAUAAAGAACCCAAAGGCAAAGGCGAGCGCAAACACGUAGUUGGUCACGGCAAAUACGGACGUGUGAGCAGUAAUAAGGCGCUGCAUAAAUUAUCUCGUACAUCGAGCACGAAUAACCACAAUCAUCAUCACAGCCAUACUACGAGCAACGAUAGUUUGAAGGAAUUUCAAGCGCCGUGGGACAAACCACACAAUUCGAGCACGAACCUCAAUCGGCAGAAAAAUAUUUCGCAGACGGCCCUGAAACGUAAUCGUAGCUCGGCAGAUGUACAGAAUACCACGGGGCAAUCGAGAAAAUCUAAGAACUCGGAUGAGCAGCAGGGUAAAAAGAGACCGAAUAGUGUACAUUUUGAAUUGGGUAUAGGUACCCCGGGGAAAACGGAAGUCGAAGACGACAACGAAGAAGGUUGGGAAGAAGCAAGUUCGACCGCAAGUCCGGCUUUGAGUCGCAGUGUAAAUACAUCUGCCAAACCAUCCGCCGCCAAUUCCGCAGCUAAUUCUCGACAUCAAUCCCCUCUUUCAUCGCCGAAAGCCAAACGGACUAACGGUCCGGAUUCUGUGAGGGAUUUUGCGAAGGCCCCAAUUGAUCACUUUGAUGGGAAUGGUAGUGCAAAGACAGAUACAAACACGAAAGCGAAUAGAAAUAGUUAUUCAACCGCAGACGCAAAAUUGAUUACAGAGAAAUUACUUCAGAGAACACCGUCUCAUUUGGCUUCGGAGACCAAAAUGAGCAUGGCGACUGCGAAACCAACGCCAAAAAUGGCGCAUGCACAUUCUGGUAGCAUGGAUCGAUCGACGGGGAUGGUAAAGAGUAUGGGUGCGAGUAUCGCGAGUGGAAAUCAGGAAUUGAUAUCGAGAUUCGUAGGAGAUGCUGGGACACCAGGGGAAAAUAGCCCGAAGUUUCCUCCGCCGGAUCAUGGGGAAGAAUCUAGGACGGGCGCUAUCAAUGGCAGUGCAUUGGAAAAAACGCAUGGCGGGAUUGGGGAAAUGGCAAGGGCGAAGUCGAUGGGGAAUUUGACAAAACAUAAUGUUGAUGAAGAAGAGGAAUCGGCUCUAUUGCCUCGAAGUCGAAAGAGUUCUACAAGUGGUGUUUCGGGACCGCCUAAUGCAUAUAAUUCGCGCACGCAACAGAAACUUUGGCUUCAAAGAGCAUCGUCGAAUAUUGAACCCCAGAGAGAGGGCUUAGGUGCAUUGUCAUUAUUGAAUGGUGGUAUGGGAAUGGGUAAUCAUGGUGGCGCAAGCAGUAUGGGAUUCGGGCCUGGAAUGGGUCUAGGGAUGGGAAUGGGGAUGGGUAAUGGAGGAUACUUAAUGGGCGGAGAUGGAAAAGGAGAUCCGAGGAUCAAAGUACAGCUUGAGAGGACGGGCCUAGAAUAUUUGGUUGUAAGACGUCAUCAAGAUCCUGUUGGGCGAGGUAUUAAGAGAUUAGAGAAAAUGGGAGAGCUUGGGCACGGGGGCAAGAAUAUCCCAGGGUUUGGAAAUGGUCAUGGGCAUAGUAAGAGUGCGAGUGUGAGUCGAGCGGGUAGUUUGAAGGAAAGGAAUGGGAAUGCGAGGAAGGGAGUAAGACAAAGUUAUGAUGGAGAGGAGAGGAGUAGUGAUACUGAUCGGGAUGGUGGUAGUGGAUUGGAUGAGGAGAAUGUUGCGGCGCUCUUGAGGAGCUUAUGGGAGAAGAGUUUCGAGGGCAGUGGAAGUGCGGAUUAG